GCAAUGAAACCACUCUUGAACCUAGUACUAAAUUGCAAACAAAUAUGGAUUUAUUAUUUCAAAAAAAAAUUGUUUCAAAACACAUAUCAAAUAUGUAAUUUAUUACUAUGUGCAAUUUAUAAUUGAAAUAUAUAAAAUUGAAAGGAAAUCAUAUAAAUCUGGAACAUUACAUUAUCAUGCAUCCAACUUCAAUUUCUGCCUACAUUCAAUCAUCUAUAAUAAUACCAACCAAACUCACCAGAAGAAUACCAUCUCCCAAAUACAGACGGCAACCAAAAAAAAAACAUAAGCCACCUGCCCCAACACAAAAUCAUAGGUGUAAGCAAACAAGGGCCACAGCAGCCAUGCAGAUUGCAAAAUGGCAAACUCCUCACACCUAUGUGUCACAUGCAAACCCCUCUCCUUCCCUCUAUAUAUACCAACGCUCUCGGCUCGCCACAUAUCACCAUCACAGCAAUACAUCUCCUAUUCUCCCCAUAAACACACACACACACACACUUUUCUGAGGUGCCUUUCUUCACCAUGGGCAAGCUCUUUCUUUCAGCUCUCAGCCUUCUUCUGCUAUUCGGCUCCACUUUCGCUGUCCGAAGCGGAACCGCCAGCUGGCAAAAGGGCGAGUGCCAGAUCGGAAACAUCAAUGCUCAAGAACCCUCCUACAGCAUCCGAGCUGAAGCUGGAGAGACUCAGUUCUGGGAUUUCAAGAACGACGAAUUCCAGUGCGCCGGUGUUUCGAUUCUCCGCCACAGAAUCCAGCAGAGAGGCCUUUUGCUCCCUGUCUAUCAUAACUCCCCUGUUCUUGUCUACGUUCUCAAAGGUAGAGGAAUAUUCGGGCUUAUGAUAUCGGGAUGCCCUGAAACUUAUGAAUCGUCUCAACAGUCACGAGAACAAUCUCAGGAGGACCGAAGCCGGAGUUUCAGAGACAGGCAUCAGAAGAUUGGAGAAUCUCGCCAGGGUGACAUUGUCGCCAUCCCUGCCGGAGCAGCUCACUGGGCUUACAACGACGGUCAAGAGGAGCUUGUUCUUCUUGUUUUACACGACGAUUCUAACAAUGCCAACCAACUCGAUCAAAAUCCAAGGUCGUUCUACCUCGCCGGAAACCCAGGGAGGGGACAGGAGCAACAGCCUUACAGAGAGCACGGAAGCAGGCAUGGCGAACAGCAGCAACAGUUCGGCAACAUUUUCAGGGGUUUCGAUGUGGAGACAUUGGCCGAGGUAUUCGGAGUUGACGAGGAGACUGCACGAAAGCUCCAAGGACACAACGACGAAAGGGGCCACUUGAUCUUAGUUCAGAGGGGGCUUCAGGUGAUCAGGCCACCGCUUAGAGGAGAGGAGUACGGCCGAAGAGAGGAGGAGGGAUACUACGGCGGCCGCGAUAAUGGAAUUGAGGAGACUAUUUGCAGCGCGAAGAUCAGAGAGAACCUAGACAAGGCCUCACGCGCCGAUAUCUACAACCCACGCGCCGGGCGAUUCUCCACCGUCAACAGCUACUCUCUCCCAAUUCUCAAGUUCCUCCAACUCAGCGCCGCAAGGGGAGUCCUUUACAGAAACGCGAUAAUGUCGCCGCACUGGUACGCGAACGCGCACAGCAUAAUCUACGUGACGCGCGGAGAUUCGAGGAUGCAGAUCGUGAACCACAAGGGGAGGGCGGUGUUCGACGGGCAGGUCCGGGAGGGGCAGGUGGUGGUGGUGCCGCAGAACUACGCGGUGGUGAAGCAGGCCGGAGAGCAGGGAUGCGAGUGGGUGGCGUUCAACACCAACGACAACGCCAUGAUCAACACCCUCAGCGGACGCACAUCCGCCAUCAGAGGACUGCCGGCUGACGUCAUCGCCAGUGCGUACCAGAUCUCGAGGGAGGAGGCGGAGAGGCUCAAAUUCUCCCGGCGAGAGACUUUCCUCUUCAGCGGAAGCGGAAGGUCCAGCAGAGGAAGGGUUGCUUCAGCUUGAAUGUAGAGUUUGAUGAAUGGAAUAAUGUAUGAGACUGCCGGUUAAUCGGCUCUGUAUGUAUCUCUGUAUACGGCUCCGGCGACUGUUUUCUCAGUUGACCUCAAUAAAACUUAAGCUUUUUGUACCUA